AUGGCCACCACUGCAACAUCCGGAUCAUUCCUUCUAGAUACCAUUGAUCCCUCCUUCGCCGAGGUGGUGUUGCCUUCUAGAUCCGCAUGGGGCGUCGACACGCACGCCAAAGUUAUCAAAUUCUUUAACGGCAAGAUCGACUUCGAAAAGGAGGUAGCAGUAGCCCUCUGGCUAGAGGGCCGUGGUCACAGCUACCGCGAAAAGGGGUCGUUUCUGCAACAUGGCGUUCACUCCUCCCUAGGGAGCCUGAACAACUCCUUCCCUCGCGAAUCAUCGCACCAGAUCUUCGCCCCUGUCAAGUAUGUCUGCCACAUCCUGAUCGUGUCGAACACCCGGUUCGGGUUGGUGUCGGUCGCCGGGGCCUCCCCCCGCGUUGCCGCCGCCGCUGCCGCCGCCGCCGCCGCCGCCGCAUCCUUUGUCCGGGCCUCCCAGCCCAAACAAAACCAACAGGCUCGCAGGCGGGCCAGGAAGGUGGCCCAACGGGCCAAAAAGAACGCCGCGAAAGCGGCAGAGAAAGCCGCGGCCGCCCCGGCCACCACCACCACCACCGCCACCACCACCACGCCCGCCGCUACCACCACCGCCGCUGCCACCACCGCCGCCACCACCGCCGCCACCACUCCCCCCCCCACCCCCGCCGCCGCCGCCGCCGCCGCCCAGCCUCGGGCCUCCUCUCUUCCUCCCGCCCUUCGGGGCAAGGCUGGAGAAGAUAUCAUCAUGGAUUAG